UGAUCAGCAAGCAACAAUGGACAAUCCAGAACUGUACAGCGUUAAUAAUCAGCAUCAAAAAGUUCGAAUUGAGGAAUUUAUUAAAGUUAAUGAUGACAAAUUGAAAAACGCCUUCGAUGGAAAGGAAAUCGCUGUUCUUGACAUUGGCAGUGGCUGUGGAACGAUUUUGAGUGAAGUUAUUGUUGGCAAUAGUGGAUUGAAGUUCUCGAAAGUCGUUGGAGUUGACGUAAGCGAAGAAAUGGUGAAAUUUUCAAAUGAAAAGUACGGAAGUGACUUAAUUUCAUUUCACGUAAUGGAUGCUGCAAAAGAAAUUCCUGAAAUCUUUAAAAAUCUCAAAUUUGACUUAAUAACAUCAUUUUUCUGCAUGCAAUGGAUUAAUAACUUCGAUAUUGCAUUCCAAAAUGUUCAAAACUUUCUGAAUCCAAAUGGCAUUUUCUGUUGUGUUUUUAUGCAAUUUACAAAAGCAGUAAUUAAGGAAUUAAUGGAAUCAAAAGAUGAUUAUGUCAAGCAGUUAAUUGAUUAUGAUAAUCUUCAAAAUUUUCGACUUUUAGAUGAUCCAACUGAAGUUAUUAAGAAACUUUUGAAUGAUAAUGGAAUGGAAAUUGUUAAUAUUACUGAUCUUGAGGAAGAUGAAUUUGUUUUUGAUGAUUUAAAAGCUGUUCAAGCUUCGUUUGAAGUUUCGGCUCCAAAUCUUGGACUGUUACCAGAGAGCGAGAAGCCAAAAGUUUACGAAAAGAUGUUCAAAAUGUUUGGAUUGAAGCAAAAAAAUGACAAAUUUGCAUUAAAUGCUCGAACUGUUUCUUUUAUUGCUCGAAAGUCAGAGUAAAGAAUUCGCGAGGUUAAUUCAGUGCAGAUGACGAGUUCAUGCUGUUGAUGUGAUAUUAACAUUUUCAAGCUACAGCAGU